AUGUCGUAUUACGACGACCGCUACUAUCAACCCCGCGACCGCUAUACGCGCCCAACCAGUUACGCUGAUCCGUACGAUGAGCCUCGUGGGCGCUAUGCAAGGAACGACCGGGACUACGUACCCCGCGGCUCCGACUCGGUUGAAGAAGUACAGCGCGAAUAUCCACCAGGCUCAGACUUUGUCUACGAGCGCACAUACACUCGGCGACCAAGACGACCAGUCUACGAGAAUGUGCGCCGCGCUUCUUCCGUCAGCGGAUACGAUCCUCACAACGAUGCUGCAUACACACGCUCCCGCCCUCGCCGGACCAGACAACCCGAGGACAGACGUGCCCGUCGCGCCAGAUAUGACUCUGAUACAUCCCCAAGUAUCUCUCCACCCCGCCACAGACGCAAAAAGUCAUUCAGCGAGCAAGCCCUAGGCGCCUUAGGCCUGGGCGGUGCCGCAGCCAGCUCCAGCCAUAGAGAGCGUGGACGCGACCGCUCCCGUUCCCGCCAUCGCAACAGAUCUUACUCGCGCUCGCCAUCUGAUUCCCGCAGCCGCAGCCGCCACCGCAGCAGCAAACGUGACAAAAGCGAGCAGCGCAUUAUACAGGCCGCUCGCGCUGCUUUAACAGCUGGUGCCGUGGAAGCCUUCAAACAGCGCAAAGAGCCGGGAGAAUGGACCGGCACGAAAGGCAAGCGCAUUCUCACUGCCGCUGUCGCAGCCGGCGGCACAGAUGGUCUUGUCGAUAAAGAUCCCAGCAAGCAUGGCACGCGCCACGUUGUCGAGUCUACCCUUGCCGGUCUAGCAGCCAGCCAUUUGAUGGGUGGCAAAUCCCGCUCGAAAUCUCGUGGUGGUAAUUCGGCAGCCAAUGGUUUAAAAACUCUCGCUGCUACGGGCGCCCUCACUGCUGCCGGAAAGGAAAUCUUUGACCGUGUCUCGCGGUCACGGUCUCGGCCUCGCGGCCGUAAUGAUUCCCGCAGUGAUGAUGAUCGUGCUAGCGGUUCUCGAAAACGCAGCAAGAGCGUCCAUGACUACAUCACCAAGGGCAUGGCUGCAUUAGGGCUGGGCGAACAAGAUGAUCGCCAUCGCGAUUCCAGCCCGCGCAGAGAUAGCCGCGACGACCGGAGCCGGGAUAGCAGGGAUGACCGACGUGAGCAUCGAGGAUAUGGACAGCAUCGCGGAGAGCGGGAACACCGAGAUGGUCGACAGCGGACCCGGCGACGUGACGAUUCGGACUCGGAUUCAGAUUCAGACGACUAUUACAGGGACUCGAGACGAGGCAGAGGUUCGAGAGAUGUAGGUCGAAACCGUUCAUUGGACGGUGGAAAUUUCCCCCCCUAUGGUUCUGCGCGGAGUGCUCCGCGCGAAGCUGAAAACUGCAAGGACUGCGAGAAGGGCGAAAGUGAUUCUGACUUGGGCGACAGUUCUGAUGAGAAGAAGAAGCGCAAGAAGCUGAAGCGGGAUAUGUUGUUGACUGGUGGGCUGGCUAGCGUUGCGACGAUCCAUGCUGCGCAUAACUUGUACGGUAGUAUGGAGAAGAGGAAGAAGCGGAUGCAGCAAUUGAAAGAAGGAGAGAUUACCCCUGAACAGGCCCGCAAGCUUCGCAUGAAGGCUAAUACUAUGGACGCGGUGAGUCUUGGUCUUGCGGCGUUGGGCAUUAAGGGUGCUUAUGGGGAGUGGCAGGAGGUGCUUGAGAAGAAAAAGGAGACCCGUCAUUUCAAGGAAGUGUGUGCUCAUCGGGCUGUUAAGAGGGAGAUGCAAAGAGCGAAGAGUCAGAGUGCGCCGAGGAACCGGUGGCCCGAUGAAAUUGAGGAUGCUUCUUCGCAUGAUACUGGGAGGGAUCGUCCGGUUUAUCGUGAUGGCAAUCCUUACGGGAAUACCUACGGGACUCCACAGAUUUCUUACUAG